AUACCCAAUCUCCCUUGAAACUGCGUCGCAGAAGGGACUAGCAUGCCAUAAGGGUGUUAACCGGAAGUGGAACAUAGCUGCCAGCGGUGCCAUGGGCGGCUCCGUAAGUCAGGUAUUCCGCUCGGGAUCGGCGCUUCUCUCGCAUCGCGAUGGCAAACUGUCGAAGGCCACUGAGGAGACCAUCCAGACGCUGUUCGACAUUCUGCGCGCCAACCCAAAGGUGUCGAUGCAGACGCUCGAGAGCCUGCUCAUCCAGAUACCCAAGAACGAGAACAUCCUGGCCAUGCACGACGACUAUGGCUACAACAUCCUGCAGCGCAGCGUUGGUCUCAAUCAUAUAGAUCUCACCAAGUGGCUCCUGCACCGCCACCGGCCAGAUGUGAACCGGUCGCCCUGCUCUCUGCCGCUGCACAUAGCUACCUUGCGCGGCUACGAGGAGUGCGUGGAACUGCUUCUCCGCCACGGAGCCCGCAUUGACGUGGACACGCGGAUGUGCUUUCCAGGAGCUCACACCCGCAACUGCGAGGAGAGCGGCAAGUGGCACAACAACGUGGACGAUGUCAGUGAGCGGCUGAACACGAAGCUCCAGAACGCCCUGUACUACGCCAUCGACGGCGAUCAGUACAAUGUGCUCAGCCUGCUUACCCAGAAGAUGGAGGAGCCUUGGAUUCCCUUUCGGGUGAAGAAGCCCUUGCUGCACCUAGCCUGCGAGCGCGGUGCUUGGAACUGCGUCCAGCAGUUGGUCGUCACGCGGUCCGAGGAGAUCAAUCUCAUUAUGGACGAGUAUUAUCCAAUUCACCAUGCCGUGUUGCACGACGGCCGCUUCCUUGAGCUGCUCAUCCAUCAGGGCGCUGUCACCACGGUGCGGACCUGCACCCAACAGAUGACCCUGCUGCAUGUGGUUAUCUUUGCCGCUCGCAAAUCGGCAGAGGACACGUUAGCCACCCUUCGCAUUCUGCUGGAGCGUGGCUGCAAGGAGCUUAUCAAUGCACCCGAUUCGCUGGGCAACACCCCUCUGCAUGCUUUGAUCGUACGUUAUGCUCUGGAGGAGGCCCGCUACGGCUACGACAAGUGGAGCAAAUGGGACGUGCUGCACCUGGUGCGAUUUCUGCUCCAAAACGGAGCCAAACAGUCGAUCAAUCAGGCUGGGAACAGUGCCAUGGCCUGCGUGUUUCGCCAUCUGCGUGACUGGGAGGUCUGCUACGAGUUGCUGAACAUGCUCAUAAAGGAGGAUGGCGAUCCCAACAUCGUGGGCCGGGAUGGAUCCGUACCCAUAAUGGUGCUGCUAGUGCCGCUCAUCAAUAAGGAUCACCUGCAUCACUUUACGCACUCCAUGAAGGUUUGCUAUCUUAAUUGCAUUCGCAUGCUGCUGCAGCAUGGAGCCAAUCCCAAUUGCUCCUACCGCGCCAACCUAAAACCGCUGCACGUGCUUGUGUUUACAGUAAGCGAAAACUUUACGCUUAACUGCGACGCUCAGAAGCGCACCAACUUCGACUUCAUAAAGAACAUACUGCUGCUGCUGCUGCAGCACGGCCUGGACUGCAACAAGACAUAUCAGCACAUUCUGCAGGCGGUGAUGGAUAUGGUGCAGAAUGUGCGCACCUGUCACGACAUGGAGUGCGUCUACGAACUAACGCUGACGCUUAUCCAGUAUGGGGCCGAUCCCAACAUCGUUCUGAGCGGUAAGACGACGCCGGGUAUUGCCAUCUUCUCCAGCGAGCUGGCCACAUUCCGCAGCUCGUUUCGCACCAACUCGUGCUACCUGCUGUUCUAUUACAUCAUUUUGAUCACUAAGAAGGAGUUCAUUCUGGCGGACCCGCUUGCGAUAUACACGCGCGUCAUUCAUCUCUUCUACCUUACCAUGGAACACGAGCCACUCUUUAAUUGCCUGAAAUCUCUGCACAAUUUUUACGUGGCCCAAGUGCCCAGCAAGAAGACAGAGCAACUGAUAGCCCUGAUCUCGUCCCUCUACCGACGGCCACGCAGUUUAAAGGAGCUCUCCCGCUGGACCAUAUACGAAGCGAUGAAUCGCAAGGUGGCCCAGAACAUCAAUCGGCUGAACCUGCCGGGUCAGCUCAAGGACUAUGUGCUGCAGUUCGAGAGGUAGCGAGUGGAGGAAGAGGACCAAUGAAUCCCAACCGUCACCGCGGCGAACUAGAGUCAAUCACUUACCAACUGUUGCCCCCAAGGCUAUGUACUGUUUAAUAUGCAUAUUUACCUACUCGGGCCAGUUCCGGGCAACAGUAUCGAGGAAUUUACUAUUGUUAUUCAGCUUCAGUCAACACACGAUCUUUUUAGAUUCGCUUACACGUUUUAUCCCUGGAUUCUCGCUGAUUUUAAACCAGAGUUGGUAAGCGUUCAACCGUUUUAAUUAUUUCAAUUCUCAGACAGCGACCGAACAGACAACUUAAAAGAGUCUAACGGUCGGUGUUGCGUCUUUGUUUAAAAGACAAAAUGCCUAACAUUUUGAAAAUGGAGCGUGGACUUUGAGUUUCGAAUUUGAUUGAAACGAAAACCAACCUUGCGAGCUCUGAUUUAAACACUUGUUUUAAGAUCCGCUUUCAUAUUGUGUCCUUAAGGUUCUCGCUGAUUUUAAACCGAAGGAACGACGAGAAACCAAUGGCAAUAUUGUCAAAUCAAACACACGCGCAAUUUCUUUGAUACGAAUCUAUAUACUACUAUAUACAUUGUGAGGCAGGAGUGGCCGCUCAUCUAUGUUUUUUGUAAUUAUCUAUACGUACAACUUUUUGAACUGUCUGUAAUGCGCUUUACGCUCCAUGGUAUAUACGCACGCACCCGCCUCCAGCAAAACAAACCCUAGAGUCCCGAUCCCUUCUCAUAUGUUAUAGGAAAUAAACUUAAGGCUGUUUUUUUGACAAACAUUUCGGGUGUUUUAGAAUAUUGUAUAUUCGGCCGAGACGAUAUGUUAUUAUUAUUGUAACUAUUAUUGCAAUUAUUAUUAUUAUAUAUUGUUGCUAAACCGUUGUUAAUCUCUGUUAAUCUGUAAUGUCAUUUUCAAUCGAAUUGGUGAACGCUAUCGAUCAAUA